AUGUCCAGUCUAAGCCGGCCGAGUGAGCGGUCGCGGGAUGCGAUCCGCCGAGCCAAAAUGAGACCGAGCAAGGCAUUUGUCGACUGGGCAGGGCAUUGGGCUGUCCUGAUGCUUGCUGGUGCUCUUACGGGUCUGCUGGGAGGUGUGGCUACUAUCUUUUCCAACUGGCUGGCCUCGAUUCGCGAGGGCCACUGCGAUGUGUGGUACGUGCCCAAGUUCCUGUGUUGCAGGGAAAGAGCUUGCACUGCACUCGACCAGAGCCCAUGGUCGCCGUGGGUGCUGUUGCCGUUUUUUUACAUUUUUUCCUCUCUCCUAUUUGCCUUGGCGGCUACUUGUCUUAUUGCUGAUUUGGCCCCCGCUGCCGCUGUUGACGGUGUGCCCGAGCUGCGGUCGUAUAUUUCAGGCAACCCCAUGCCCUCCCUACUGAGUCCUUUACAGAUUAUUGUAAAACUAGUCGCAACUAGCCUCGCACAGGGGUCUGGGCUCUGGAUCGGCCCCGACUCCCCUAUGGUUCAUAUAGCGGCCAGCAUUGCCGCAUGCCUUGCAGCUCAGUUCAACACCCGCUUGUCGCCCUCGAGGGCUCGUCUGCUCAUUGCGUCCGUAUCUGCAGCUGGCUUGGCCGUCGCAAUGGGCUCACCAAUUGGCGGUGUCUUGUUUGUUGUUGAAACCUUACAACCCAAAAACCUAAGAGGGAUCUUGUGGCAAGGAUUCGUCUGUGCCAUGACGGCAAAUUUGUUUUUUGAAAUGGUCAAUCCCUUUGAAAGCGGCAAAGUGGUUUUUUUCCAGGUCGUUUACGAUCGGGCCUGGCAUGGCAUCGAACUGAUUCCGUUCGUGGUGCUAGGGGCCCUUGGCGGCCUAUUUGGCCGGUUUAUUGACUACACCAGGUCAGAGAUUUAUCGACUGCGUGUAAGCUAUAUGCAAAAUGUCCCCCAAAAGUGGCAGAGCUUCGCUCUCGUUGGCUCGACCGCCCUGGUCACUUCACUUUUGUCUUUUACAACAGUGUUGAGAAUCCCGAUGCACGAACUGCUUGCCGAAGCUUUACAUGAAUGUUCUGCUUCUGAGGGGGAAUUUUUUUGCCGAAAAAGCUACGCUUUAGACCUCACCUAUACAUGCAUUGUGGCCUUAUUGCUCACCCCGGCUUCUUAUGGCCUGGGAACUCCUUCGGGUAUUAUGCUACCAACAGUGACAAGUGGUGCAUUGAUCGGACGACUGGUGGGUCUUGCAAUGCAAUCGCUUUUGCAUGCACACCGAGGGUUCCUGUCCGAGACUUUCUGUCCGGGCCAGGGCCCUUGCAUCACACCCGGGGUUUAUGCGUUAGUCGGUGCAGCAGCUGCCUUGACGGGCGCCACCAAAUUGACAAUCUCUUCAGCCGUGAUUCUUUUCGAGCUCACUGGUGCAGUAAGCUAUGUCGUUCCAAUUAUGUCGGGCGUAAUGGUCGCCAAGUGGGUGGUUGACUACGUUGGCGGUACGGAUGUGUAUCAUCCCGUUCAAGAUGAUCGUGUCAUGCCCGAUAAAAGACCUGUACCCAACCUCAGAGUACAGAACGUAAUGAAGCCCGCCACCGAAGUAGCCAUGCGUGACGUGCAGGAUGCGAAAAACCGCGCCCGGCACACAGAGACGGUGCUGGUAAACUCACAGCACAAGCUCGUUGGCUACUGUCCGCCAGAUGCGAAACGUAGUAGUGACGUCCGUGACAGGUUGCCAAUGGACGCUACUGCACUAGUGGCCAUGGACUCGUCUGUGCUCACAGCAGCGAUGAUUAUGGAAAAGCUCGACGUCGGGACGGCCCUGGUAACCGACCGCGGCGACUUUAUGGGGCUACUGAACCGUGAAUCUGUGGCAAAAGCACUCAGAGAACCCACCACCCCACUUUUGUCUGAAGGAUCGGUUAUACCUUGCCUGCUCCUCGUAAUCAUUAUUAACCUCUGGGUCAAAGCUGUAAAGUUGGAUCUCCAAGAACUCAUAGACCUUCGCGACUCGGUACUGGAGGAAGCCAGCGAGUUCCGCAAACUGCAUCUAGAAAAACAAAAAGAACUCAAGGAAACCAACGAUAAUGUUGUAAAGUCCAAGGCGUCCAGAAACCUGGAACGGCAGAGCUCUGAGGCCUACUGGGCGGAAUUAAGACUCGCUACAGAGCCUGAUGAGGUUUUCAAGGCCCAGAAUGGCGGCUAUUUACUGAACCCAAGCUCGAGACCGCCUCCGCCGCCGAACACUUCCCUUCCUUACGAUCGGAGAGGUGACGGCGGUGAAGUUAGUGAUUUGUACUGA